AUGGGUGUGGCUGUCCGGAUAUCUGACAUCUUCUCUGGAUUCGUCUGUAAGAACUCAGACCAGACUAUGGGAAAGUGUAGAGAUUAUCGUGUUCGUUUCCAGUGCCCACGCAGGUUCUGUGCCGCACGAAAGAUCUGCAAUAAUCCACUUCAAAUCCAGGUCCAAACUACAUCUGGGGCCAGUGUAGCUUCUACAGGAAAUGUUAUUGCUGUAUCCGACAAAAACACAGGAUUCAUCUGUAAGAACUCGAACCAGACUCAAGGCAGUUGUAAGGAUUAUCGUGUACGUUUCCAGUGCCCCUUGGAUUUCUGCAUUCUACCAGUUUGCUGGACGAAGUGGUAUGAUCGCGACAAUCCCAGUGGAACUGGGGACUGGGAAUCUCUGAGUGACCUAAGAAGACAGGAUCCAAAAGGAAUCUGUGACCGCCCUCUCUACAUAGAUGUUGUUACAACGGACACAAACACCCCAUUCACCUCUACAGGCCAGACACACUAUGUCUACAGUCCAACUCAAGGAUUUGUCUGUCGCAAUCAAGACCAAGCAGGACGUCGGUGCCAUGACUACAAAGUUCGCUUUGGAUGCCCCUGCCCCUGCUUCUCACCAUAA